AUGAGCAAGAUGAUACAGAACUAUGACUCACAACAGAAAGGUGGCCUGGACCGUGCAGAGCUGCAAGCUUUGCUGGCUGACCUUACAAGCACAGAUGUGACUUUGGACGAACUUGACUUCUUUUUCUCCGUCAAUGACAGCUCUGGAGAUGGCAUGAUUGGACCAGACGAGCUGCCAGCCGUUCUCAGGAUCUGGGAUUCACAUAUUCAUGAGCUUGAGUAUGUGCGGGACCUGAUGACCAAGUUCGAUGGAAAUCGGGAUGGUGGGCUACAGCGUGAGGAGCUUCGCAAACUACUUCAAGACUUAAACGACGGCAUGGAUGUGGACGACGCCGAGGUGGACUAUGUAAUGGAAGAAGCCGACCUCAUGGGAAAUGGUGUGGUCACUUCAAUGGAGCUGAAGCGAGCAAUUGCUUUCUGGUACGGAAACGUGCAUCAUCAGCGAGUAAGUAGCCGCACGUGUUCACUCUUGUAG